UUAACCAUCAGGCUAUAUUACGGUACCAACUGGUUAGAAUUCAAUAUGGCGGCCAAGUUUCUGUCUUUAGCCGCUGGUUUGGAGUCAAAACAACAGGAGGAAAUCUUCUCUUCUGACCCGUUAUUCUGUCCCAAUUGUGGAUCAAUAUUUCCUUUGCCAGGUCUAGCGGAUGUUGUGACUUGCAAAAUUUGCAAAUUCCAAAAGGAUACGAAAGAAUUUGAAGGAGUUGAGAUUUAUUCAAAGAAAAUAUUCAAUACAUAUAAACCGAAAACCGAUGUUCAAAAACCGGAUGAUGAAAAGGAGCUUGUUGGGCCCAUGGUUGAUCAGAAAUGUUCAAAAUGUGGACAUGAAGGAAUGACUUUCACAACAAGACAAACUCGUUCUGCAGAUGAAGGACAAACAGUGUUUUAUAAUUGUCCAAGUUGUGGCAACCAAGAAACUGAAUAUUCAUGAUUGUGAACUUUAUCUGAAGAGUUUUGGAUGGAUAAUCUGGAAAAGUGUUGGUGAUCACAAUACGCUGUUGAAGUAACUUGAUACACUUUUGAACAAAUUUUGGAGAGUUCGGAGCACAUAACUCCCCUUGCCAUUUCUUGCAGAAUUGCCCAGGAAAAUACAUCAAUGAGGAUAUAAAACAAAUGCUGGAUAAUCAGGAAGAUUUAGGUUGCAAAAAUCAUCUUUUAGCUGCAAUAUAUUAGAUAUUAUACUAUAUUUUCAACUGGAUGUCAACUACAAAUGAGCAAUGAUGUAAAUAAAAAAAUCUCCCAUCAUCACAAUGCUUUAUUGGCUAUUCUGGGUGAACAGGUAUGGGUCAUAGCCACAGACCCCUAGUGACUUCAGGUAAAAAUGGAUAAAAUUUCAACCAGUUCUAUGUGUUCACAUGCAGAAACUAGACAAAUGUAUGUAUGAAUUUGAGCCCAUUCCUGUGUGAACAUAUCCCUUUAGUAAGUUUCGUUUCUCCUGUGCAUAUUAUGGUUUCAGAGUGAUUUAUAAAGAUUGUAACAUAGAAAUAGCAAAGGGUACCUGACAGUUUGGUCAGAUGGUGUUAUGGUUUAAAAGUGAUUUAUAAAGAUUGUAACAUAG